AUGGAUCUUUUUGGAGACAUAAAUGACAUUUCUUCAUCGAGUGAUGAGGACAGCCAGGUCCCUGUGCCAGGACAACAUGUUGAUGAACCCCAAGCAGCCCUGGACCAGCAUGGGAAGGAGCCUGCUUCUGAAACCAGAAUAGAAGUGGAGAUUCCCAAUAUCAACUCUGACUUAGGAAACGAACUCCAUUUUGUGAAACUACCCAAGUUUCUCAGCAUAGACCCCAAACCUUUCGACCCUCAGUUUUAUGAAGAUGAAUGUGAAGAUAAGAAAAUGCUUUACGAUGAAGACAGAAUCAGGCUGAAAUUAAAGGUGGAAAAUACCAUUCGAUGGAGGAUCCGCCGGGAUGAAGAAGGAAAUGAGAUCAGAGAGAGCAACGCUCGCAUCGUCAAGUGGUCAGACGGAAGCAUGUCCCUGCAUCUGGGGAACGAGGUGUUUGAGAUCCACAAGGAACUCCUGCAGGACAAUCACAACCACCUGUUCGUAAGGGGCGACACCGGCCUACUGGGAAAAGCCGUCUUCAAAUCCAAGCUCACCUUCCGGCCUCAUUCUAUAGACAGUGCCACCCAUAGAAAGAUGACCGUGCCACUGGCUAGUAGAAUUUCAAAGGCACAGAAGAUUAGGAUCCUGCCAAUGGCCACUUGCGAUCCUGAGGGCCCGCGCACAGACGUGAUGAAGAUGGCGCGAAGGCCACUCGUUGUUUUGUCGGGAGCAGUGUUGCAGACAGCACGUCAUGGCGGGCGGAUGGCGGCACUAACUGGUGCACCUGCCAAGGGGGUGUGCGGCCCGCAGCUCCCCACGGGGCAAAUUCACUCGCUGCUCGCACUCGGCAGUCUUAACUGUGGGACGUGCACGGUGCUUCUGGGUCCCAAUAUUCGGCCCGAGGAGAAUCCAGGAGUAGCUGCGCCCUGGUCGUGGAGGGUCUGUCCCACAGCUGCAGCUCCUUUGCUUUCAGAGAAACGAGCCCGAUUCAUCUCCUCAGACAGUGACGAGGGAUCCGAAGAGGAUACGGCUCAGAGGUCACGCAGAGCCAAGCAGCUCAGCAGCGAUGAGGUUCUGGAGACAGACAUAGGAAUAAACGCCAGUCACAUACGUGUUUAG